AUGACCCUCCCCGAGCCGGAGGUCCCGUUGACAAAUGCGUGCGCCGUUGUUUUCGAAAACACGCUUUAUACCUACUCGGCCGACGCGUUCCAGUCACUAUCGUUAAUGCCAGGCGCGAAGUGGAAGAAGUUGGACCAGGGCGAGAAGGUCACGGGCGGCGUUUGCGUAGGAGCGACAACAGGCACGGCAGCGACAUCUUCACUCUUUGUCGUUGGCGGAAAGGGACAAACGGAGGGCUACCAGGGUAUCCAAAAGUACUCGUACUCGACAAAGAAAUGGGAGUCUAUCCAGUUACCAGCCCCGGUAACACAGAAUCGGUUGCUACACGGCGCCGUCUAUCUUAACGCAACGGAUUCCAUCAUUGUCUACGCUGGCAACCAGGAUGGUUCAACUGGCCCAUCCACGCAGACAUAUGCCAUCGGCGCGUCGGCACCGCAUUAUGUUCGAUCGUUCGAGGCCAACGUACCGCCUGCUAUCAACCCGAUUCUUUUGCCAUGGUCGGACAGCGAGGCUGUCAUGGUCGGCGGCAGCACCUCGAACACGCAGGUUAUGCUAUUUAAGCCUGAGACAGGCUGGAGGGACUCGGGAGCAACUCUUGCCGCGCCGAUAGCGAAGGACACAUCAGCGAUCAAGGCGGCAUUGGUGCGCGGCGAUGAUGGAUCACAACACCUUUUCACCUUCGACAUGACACAGUCACCCAACGUAGUGCAGCGGAUAUUAUUGACUACUGGUCCCGAACAACCUAUUCAGAACGCUGGGCCAGCAAAGAAGCGGGAUGUAACAACACAGGAGGACGAACAAUCGCCCAGCGGAAAGAGAGAUGUGCUAAACGUGCUGACCUGGCCGCAAUACAACGCGACUCUGGCGCCCACUAGUACGAGGAGUAAUUAUGCGAUUGCACAGGAUGGUAAUGGGAUGGUUGUGUUCGUGGGAGGAAAUUCGGAGGAGCCUUUGGGCAUGUUCAACGCCAAGGGCAACUCUUGGUAUAAUGCGACGGACAUGUUGGUGGAAAAGAAGGUGAAGGUUCUCGACAUCACCUCUUCGACAAUCUCGGAAUCAUCAACAGCAACUUCCACGACUGCUUUGCAGACGACCUCUACGAGUCUGGCGACGUCAGAAGCACCGACGACACUGGUCACCGCCACGGGCACCCUCACCACAGCUUCCUCGGUUUCUCCUGUCAGUGUUGCUACUGCAGCUGUUAGCAGCAGUGCCGAGGGUCCGAAAGACUUCAGUUCCAACACCCAUAUUAUCCUUGCUGCGGUGUUGAGUUCAAUCUUUGGACUUGCCAUUGUCUUGUUUGCCAUCUACUUCUGUAUCAAGAGGAAGGGUAAGCAGCAAGCACGCAACCAGGCAGGCCGUGCAAGGAGCGGGAGCGAAGGAUCUGGAGGAUCUGCGUACAACGAAAAAUCUGAUUACGGAUUCCCUCCAGAUACGAAGGGUCCCUUCCGUGGACAGGGACACCAGGCCCAAGAUUCAUAUGGCUCCUUGUCGUCCCUGGCUAUGAUCGGCGGUCGUGGGAACCAGCAGAAGCCGGGCCGUUCAUCGCCUGGCCAUAAGCUAAGCAUCAGCACCGCCUUUGGCAAGCGCAACUCGGACGACAGCACCUUCAAGGCAUUCAAGAGCACCAUCAGCAAGCCGAUCCCCGUUUCCCAAACCAUCUCCGCUGAGCCACCACAGAAUCCAUUCUUGGCACCACACGAACGAGAAAAUAAGGAAGUCUCUUUCGCACCCACCCCAGCUCAGCCGAUGCCACGGAAUCCUGCAGCGGCUGCCACCGUAGACCCCGAAACUAGGCGCAGCUCCGGAUGGAACCGCUACUGGUCCGGCGGCUCGGCCCUGAACGUGAUCGGACUCGGCAACAACACCAACAGCGCCGUGGUCAACCAAGUCUCCCAGCGGACCACCGUGGUCUCGGACGUGAGCUCCCACUACAGCGAGCAUCCUCAGCACAGAAUGACUCAGGACAGCGCGACAGUGCCCCCGCUUCAGGUCUACGAGCCACGCAUGUCCAUCAACCGCGUCAACUCGGGCAGCCCGACCAUCAGGCAACACAACCACCAUGACGAAAAACUCUACGAGGGCAUGAGUGGCCAGAUCGAGAUGCCCCGCCCCGUUAGCGGAGUCAGCUCCAUCUCGGGUUACUCGAGCGGUAUUCCCGCUUCGGUCCACGAUACCUGGGACCCGACCGAGUUCACGAAGCCGUGGGGCGCUGAUCGCGCGCCUAGCAGCGCGUAUAGUGCUAGUAUCUACACCACGCCUCUGGCGCCUGCCGGCGGGAGGGCGCCGUCCCAGCUUGCCCACCAGCAGUCACAACAAGGACCACCACGGCCGGGUCAGCAGCAGAUAGUGCGCGAUGACAUUAGCUGGCUCAAUUUGGGAGAUCAAAAUGGCCGGUGA